AUGUACCUAUGUGAUGGCAGCUGGCCAGUACAGCUCUCGCACUACUUGGACCAGAAAGAACUCAAGAAAGAAAGAAAGAAAGAAAAAAGAAAGAAAGAAGAAAGAAAGAAAGAAAGAAAGAAAGAAAGAAAGAAAGAAAGAAAGAAAGAAAGAAAGAAAGAA